AUGGAGGCGCUCCGAUUAUCCACCGCUCAACCUCACUUACCCCUCCUCCGUCGCCACCGUCACCAGCGCCACGGAAUGCAGCGCACUACGCUUCAACCUAACCCUUGCUUCAAUCCUUUCGUCGUCCCCGCGCUUUCCAAACCCGUAGAAAUAGUUCCCUCUCCUUUACUCUCUGAAUCGCCACUGUCUCCUCCUCUUCCUCCUCCGUUCAAGGCUUCCACCGCUUCACUUCAGUACCCUCCAGGUUACGUCGGAGCAGUUCCUGAACGGUCACGUUCCGAUGACGGUGACGCCUUAGUAAGUCCUAUGAGCUAUUUGACAAAUAUACUCACUUCCAAGGUCUAUGAUGUUGCUAAAGAGACACCUCUUGAAUUUGCGCCGAAGCUUUCCGAAAGAAUUGGUGCUAACAUUUGGCUCAAGCGGGAGGAUCUUCAACCAGUAUACUCAUUCAAGCUUCGUGGAGCUUAUAAUAUGAUGGCUAAACUUCCAGAGGAUGUUUUGGAGAAAGGGGUUAUAUGUUCUUCUGCUGGAAAUCAUGCUCAAGGAGUUGCCAUGUCUGCCAAGAGAUUGAAUUGCAACGCCGUCAUUGCUAUGCCCGUUACCACACCUGACAUCAAGUGGAAAUCUGUGGAGAGGCUGGGUGCUACUGUUGUUCUCAUUGGGGAUUCCUAUGACGAAGCACAGGCAUAUGCAAAGAAGCGUGCUAUAGAAGAGGGUCGUACAUUCAUACCUCCUUUUGAUCAUCCCGAUGUCAUAAUAGGUCAGGGAACUGUCGGGAUGGAAAUUUUGCGUCAAAUGAAGGGUCCAAUUCAUGCAAUUUUUGUGCCUGUGGGAGGUGGUGGUCUCAUUGCUGGUAUUGCCGCUUACGUGAAGAGGAUUAAUCCAGAGGUGAAAAUUAUAGGGGUGGAACCCACUGAUGCAAAUGCAAUGGCUUUGUCACUUCAUCAUGGCCACAGAGUGAUUUUGGACCAGGUUGGAGGAUUUGCAGAUGGUGUAGCUGUUAAAGAGGUCGGCAUAGAAACUUUUCGCUUGUGCAAAGAGUUGGUCGAUGGUGUUGUUCUUGUAAGCCGUGAUGCAAUUUGUGCAUCAAUAAAGGACAUGUUUGAGGAAAAAAGGAGCAUACUAGAACCAGCAGGCGCGCUUGCUCUUGCUGGAGCUGAGGCAUACUGCAAGUAUUAUGGGCUCAAGGGGGAAAAUGUUAUAGCUAUAACCUCCGGAGCAAACAUGAAUUUUGAUAAACUUAGGACAGUAACUGAACUUGCUAAUGUUGGUCGUAAACAAGAAGCUUUGCUGUUAACUGUCUUGCCGGAGGAGCCUGGCAGUUUCAAACACUUUUGUCAAUUGGUGGGGCCGAUGAAUAUCACAGAAUUCAAAUAUAGAUAUAAUUCUGAGGAGAAAGCUAUUGUCCUUUACAGUGUCGGGAUUCACACUUCGUCAGAACUAAAACAAAUGCAGGGGAGAAUGGAAUCUUCUCAGCUUGUAACUCACAAUCUCUCAGAUGUUGACUUGGUGAAAGAUCAUUUGCGUCACAUGAUGGGAGCCCGGCCGGAAAUUCAGAACGAAGUUCUUUGUCGUUUUACCUUUCCAGAAAGACCUGGUGCUUUGAUGAAAUUUUUGGACUCCUUCAGUCCACGAUGGAAUAUCAGUUUAUUCCAUUACCGUGCACAGGGUGAAACUGGAGCAAAUGUAUUAGUUGGAAUUCAGGUUCCAAGCAAUGAGAUGGAUGAAUUCCAUGACAUUGCCAACAAACUUGGGUAUGAUUAUAAAGUGGUGAUAGAUGACCUUUUCUUCCAGCUUUUAAUGCAUUGA